UGACCUGUGUAGAUGUGGCACCCCCCAGCGGCCCCUCUGUACAAACACCAUGCUGAACUGACAAGUGUUCCGUCUCUUUUCCUGUAAAAAUGACCUCUAAAAUAUGUUCCAGACUCUCUCCUUUAGCUUUUAAAUUGAAGUGCUGUCCCUCCUUCAGCUCGGUUUCCUCCAGUCACAGUGUAACGGUGGAACAUGAUCGAACCAACCGGCGCUUCACCGUCUCUCCGGGCAGCAGCGGGACCGGGACCCCAGAGGACCAAGCCAUACUGAAAUACAGGUACACCGGUGACCGGGAAGUAGAUCUGAUGUCAACAUACGUACCUGAGAUAUUCAGGGGCCAAGGUGUUGCUGCUCGGCUGUCACAGGCUGCUCUGGACUUUGUGGUUGAAGAAAACAUGAAGGCUCAUGUCUCAUGUUGGUACAUAAAGAAAUACAUCGAGGAGAACCCGGAACAUCUUUAUAAAGAGCGCAUCAUCUCCUGACCGGUGUGUGUGACCAGUUCAAACUGGCUCUCUACCUCAGAAGAACCAAAGCCUCGUGAAGCUCACUGCACAGAAACAGAACUGAAUCAGAUGCAUCUCAACUCUGUGCAGCAUAAUGAGUAAAAUUAUGAUUUCAUUUGACAUGUGUCAAAUUUUCCAUAAUAAUAAAAAACUUAAUAAAUGUGCCAAAGUUCAGUACAAAAAAGAUUAUUAUCCGACUAUGUGAAAUACUUGAUUGUGAUUGGUCAAAACUCCAUAGUAAUGCUAAUUAACUCUUAUCAGUAAAAGUGACACCAAGGAAACCUGAUAACACAUGUCAUAUCAAAUCAGCCGGCAGAAAGGAAUCCAGCACUUUUCACUGCUACCUGUUGACACUGGCAAUACCGUUGGCAUUCUGUAUUUUAUGUCCUGCAAUCCAGGUGACUACAGCAGAGCUGGUGAGUGCAUAGCUAGGUUGCACCUCGCUACAAAUUUAAGCAAUAAGCGGUACUGAUAGUCACAACGGUGUUAAGACUUUUGAUAUUUGCCUCAUUUAUGUUGAAAUUGGUCAGAAAUGCAAAGCUCUAGGGAGAAAGAGAGCUGCAUGAAGACAGAAAUGCCAACAUAAAUAAUCCCAUAGAAGUCCCAUUCACCUUGUCUAACACUAACUUCAGUGGAAAUGCUCAAAUUUAUGUGAAUUAUAACAUAUAAGCAGGCUAACGUUUAAACUUGAACUGAAAUAUUCAGUAGUGACGGCGAGAUGAAGCUUCUUGAAGCAUUGAGGCUUUCCAUCCAAUUGGUUCACUCAUGGGCCGAAGCUUCAUGGUGCUCCAUUUGCUCUACUGUGCCAUCAAGUGGACAAUACAUGUAAAAUAAGCACAGUGAUUAAAUGACACCAUCCCUUUGGUGUGUGAAGCUUUGAAUUGAAUAAAUGAAUGAUGUUUGUGAUGCCAAUACAUAAAUAAUUAAUUUCUAAAUAAGGUGUCUGAAUCGCGCACCAAACCCGCGAACCGGUUCCUGAAUCAGUCACGUGGUACAGGGGGCUAGCAAGGCUUCGAACGUCACCACACGUCAUCAACACAAGCCUCGAUACGCACUUCACAGAAAUCUUCCUGGAUUACUCGGCACACGAUUCGAAGCCUGGACAGGGAGAACACAUCACUAAUAUUCAGUUCAAUGUUAAUUUGCUUGCAAGGAGGCUGAUAAGCCUGGGUUUGGAAGUGUUACUUACCUUGGAAAUGAAGGGACUGUUUUCUAGCUGAAUUGAAAUCAAUAAAAUAAUCUAUGAAUCAA